CACAGAUACUGAUCAGCCAGCUGCGUUCGCAAGGUUGACUGGCUCCCUAUAAAAGCUGGACGAUGGGCACGCACAACCCUCGUUUCCUUCCACUCCUCUCCGCUCAUCCCUUCUCCACAUCCCGCGUCCCUCAAUACCUCUUCCCAACAUGAAGGCGACGUGCUUGCUCCUUGCGUCCGCUGGGUUCGCCAGCCUAGCCGUGGCCGCUCCCGCCGAUGGAGUGUGGUCCGCAGUCCUGCCGCUUCCACUCAGUCCCAUCUCUGGCGCCAACACACCCACGGGCGAGCUCCUGAUGUGGUCUGGCAACUCCCCCGGUGGUUGGUUGUCCAACAUGUGGGACCCGCAAGGCAACCGCACCUACUACUCGGUCUUCAGCGUUGACGACUUCUUGGCCCAGAAGCCUAUUGCGCUGCAGAAGAUGGUCACGACCGAGAUGUUCUGCCCCGGGACCAGCAAUCUCCCCAACGGCGAGAUCCUCAUCAACGGUGGAACGGGCCCGAUCGCAAGUGUCAUCUUCAACCCAACCACGAAGCUCUUCCGUGACACAACCAUGAUGGAAAUCCCGCGUGGGUACCAGGCCAACGUCGUCACCACGAGCAACCAGGUCUUCACCGUCGGUGGUUCGUUUGAGCAGCGGUACGGCAAGUUUGGCCUCGGUGGAAGGGACGGAGAGUUGUUCACCCCCGGAGCAAAUAAUGGCAAAGGUGGCUGGACGAUGGUCCCUGCCGCAAUCGGCAACGUGAUCGGUGGUCUCGAGGGCGGCAGCACAAACCCAGACGUACAAGGCUUGUACCGCUCAGACAACCACGCAUGGUUGUUCCCCUACGCCAACACCGCCGGCGACGCCAUGGUCUUCCACGCCGGCCCCAUCGCCAAGAUGCACGUCAUCAACACGUCUAAGAACACCAUGGUCGCUGUCGGAAACCGCGGUAACGAUGCAUACGCCAUGAACGGAAACGCCGUGCAAUACUCGCCUGGCCGCAUCUACAAGUCCGGGGGUGCUACUGCUUAUGGUGACCUCAACAGUAAUGUAGGCCUUGCUACCAGCACCGCCGCCUAUACCAUCAAAAUCACGGCACUGGCUACUGGCGGCUUACCCAUCGUGAAAGCUGCGGCGCCAAUGAACAACCCUCGUGCUUUAGGUCACCAUAUCGUCCUCCCUGGUGGAAAGAUCUUCAUUGUCGGUGGGCAGACCAACUUGUAUCUGUUCAAGGAUCAGACCGGCGUGCUGGAGCCGGAGUUGUACGACCCCGCGGCGGGAACGUACCAGAGAUUGGCGCCCAUGAAGAUUGCACGCAACUAUCACAGUCUUGCACUGUUGACGAAGUACGGUACCGUCUUCGUUGGCGGUGGAGGUGCAUACCCCAACACCUGCACAAAGCCCGGUGUCGCCCCAUGCACCGCCAACGUCCACUUUGACGCCGAAGUAUUCACUCCCCCCUACCUCUCCCAAGGUCAAGCGCGCCCCACUAUCACCUCCGUCACCGGCGCCGCAGCCACGUACGGCAAAGUCUUCAAACUCGGCACGGACAUGACCGUCGCCUCAACCAACUGCGGCGGAGCCGGUUGCAGUUACGAGUUGAUCCGCAUCUCCUCCGCCACCCACUCCGUUGCCAAUGACCAGCUCCGUGUUCCCCUUAAGACGCUCGCCCGCUCCGCCGCCGGUGACCGUGUUGCGCCGUGGGAUGCUGACCAGCCGUUCAUCGUUGCGGGAUACUACUACCUGUUUGCCAUCGGCGCCAAUCAGACUCCCUCUGUGGCGACCAUGAUCCAGGUCGUUCGCUAGACUUUUCUUGGGUUAGUUCCGACACUUGGUCCGCGGCGUGUUUUGGUCUCGUCUAUCACCAUCAUUGCGUAGUCAUCACAGCUUCUCGUUCUUACUCUACUGGCGUAUAUAUCCCUGGUCGUAUUAUCUCUUACCCUCUUACCCCACGUCAUUUUGCAUUGCGUUCUACUA